AUGCUUAUGCCAGGACCGCGACCAUUCAUCCUAUUCUUCAAUCCAGUCAGACAUGCAGUACCGUUCUAUCACCAGUUACAAAAGGUAGCACGAACAGAAGUGGUCACAAGCAAGAGUAGAGAGGAAUUCUACUCCGAUCUCCGAAGGAAAUACAAAGAUAUCUCAAUCAUCUACAGAACAUCAGCAAGCGGUGCAGUAGCCGGGAACUUCGACGCAGACUUGAUCCAACAUCUCCCCUCGAGCUGCAAGCAUAUCUGCCACAACGGCGCUGGCUACGACCAGAUCGACGUAAAUGCAUGUGCAAAACGCGGCAUCACCGUGACCUACGCACCAGACCCCGUCACCGAAGCGACAGCAGACCUUUCAAUCUGGCUGAUGCUAGGUGCUCUACGACAACUGAAUCCAUCUCUCAGCUCUUUACGGGCUGGGAAGUUCAAAACAGGACUCGACUUCGGCCACGACCCUCAAGGUAAAAUCCUCGGUAUCCUCGGCAUGGGCCGUAUCGGACGCGCUAUUAAGAAGCGGGCCGAGCCGUUUGGUCUAAUCACCAAGUACCAUAAUCGCAAUCCUCUUUCCUCUGAUCAAGCGGCUGGUGCUGAGUAUGUCUCCUUCGAAAAGUUGCUCGCCGAGAGUGACAUCAUUAGCAUUAAUGUUCCGCUUAACGCGCAAACCAAAGGGCUCAUUGAGGAGAAAGAAAUCUCCCAGAUGAAGGACGGGGUUGUCAUUGUUAAUACCGCUCGUGGCGCGAUUAUCGAUGAGGCUGCGAUGGCAAAGGCGCUGGAUUCGGGGAAGAUCGCCUCCGUUGGCCUAGAUGUGUAUGAGAAUGAACCACGCGUGAAUGAGCGGUUGCUAGGGAAUGAUCGCGCUUUGAUGGUGCCUCAUCUUGGAACUCAUACUGUUGAGACGCUGGCGAAAAUGGAAACGUGGGCUAUGGAGAAUGCAAGAAGAGCGGCGCUUGGGGAGAAGUUACUAUCGCCUGUUCCGCAGCAUGUUCAUUUUCAAUGA